UAUAUGAAUAACUAAAUAUAAUAUGCAGAAAUAUAUAUUUGUAUAUAUAAUUGAGGUAAUUCGAAGAUUAUAUAAUCGGGAUAUUAUAUAUAAUAAAUUUGUAAUUGUAUAUUGUUAUAAUAUAUAUUUCAAACCUGACAAGAAUAAAUAGAGCAAUUGGAAGUGUAUAUCUUCACUCCGAAAUUUUAUCGAUUUAGAAUCUGGAGUCUCGAUUAUACAAGACAUAAGAUAUUAUAAGCCUUGAAUCUUUUCCAAAGCCACAUAUCACCGCCUUCGAAUUACGAGAUCCAGCGAUCGAUUUGAGAUUGAUUUCUCUUCGAAGAGAAACAACCGGUCUGGCCUCCGGUAAUUUCGGUAUCGGUAGGCUCACGAAUUGGACGUAUCACGCCUCGCGCGUUGUUGCGAAUCAUCAGUGACGUUUAAUGUUGAGACAACUUCAUCCGAGAUAUGCGUAUUUGCCGCUCGCGAGGAACAAGAACAAUUCAGGUUCAAAGGCAAAGGGUUUGGUCAGCGCUCAUUACAUAACCUACGAUGAGGGCCGGUCACGAUACUCGUCGACGAUUGCAGGUCGUAAUCUGUCAUUCAGCGAGAAGAAUCGUUUGCCCGAUAAUCCAUCAUACUUGCCGUCCCAAUCGCAGAUCGUUAUCGCCGGUGCCGGGACCGUCGCCAAUUCUGUUGCUUAUCAUUUAGUAUUGAACGGAUGGAACGAUGUCCUCGUUCUGGAGCAAAACACCAUUGGCAGUGGAUCCUCACACUUUGGCUCUGGUACGCUUGGACUUUUCAAGCCAAUUUCUCGAAGGAACUUAAUUUCAUACAGCAUCAAGUUGUAUCAGCAGCUACAGGAAAUGGGCUAUGACAUAGAAUUGAGGCAAUGCGGUAGCAUAAAUUUGGCUCAAUCCAAAGAUAGAAUGGUGGCUCUUAAAAGGAGAAUGGCUUAUAAUGUACCAACUGGAUUGCAUUGUGAAAUCUUGGGUAAAGAAGAAUUAAAAAGAUUACAUCCCUAUUUACAUGUUGAGGAUAUAGAAGGAGCAAUUUGGGUACCAGAAGAUGCUGUUGCAAAUCUAAAUGCAAUUUGCAAAGUCUUAGCAAAAUUGGCAAAACAAGGAGGAGCGCAGUACAUCGAGCACUGUCGCGUGGAAGAAGUAAAGACUGAAAAAGGUGCUGUUAAAAGUGUCAAGACUGAACAUGGUACUGUUUCCUGCGAGUACUUCAUUAAUUGUGCCGGGAUGUGGGCUCGAGAGUUAGGAUUGAAAUGUAUACCGCCAGUUCGAAUUCCUGCGUAUCCUGCAGAGCAUUUAUACGCAAUCAUACCUCCCCUGUCAUCAGAAAUUAGUACAUCUCUGCCAUAUAUACGAGAUUUUGAUUCAUACUCGUAUAUGAGAGAAUGGGAAGGUGGAUUCUUACUUGGUUGGUUUGAGCCUGAUGCAAAAGCAGCGUUUGGCAGCGGUCGAGUUCCUUCAAAAGAUUGGACAAAACAUGUUAAAAACGAUCCAGCUCACUGGCAACCAUUAUGGGACAAAGUUAUACAUAGAUUACCAAUCUUAAAAGAAAUAAAACAUCCAAAUAUAUAUAACUGUCCUGACAAUUUCACUCCUGAUGGUAGAUGGAUAUUAGGAGAAAGUCCUGAAGUAAAGAAUUACUUCGUUGCCGUUGGAAUGAAUGGCAAUUCAUUACAAGGCGCUGGUGGGAUUGGUAAAGAAAUCGCCGAAUCUUUAAUAAAUGGUGAAUCCACACAAGAGGUGUUCCCAUUUAAUGUGCAAAGAUUUUUAGAUUUACACAACAAUAAGCAAUAUCUGCAGCAGAGGAUGAAGGAAGUAGUUGGUCGAAAUUACGCUAUAUUAUAUCCUCAUCAAUCUGAAUAUAAAUACGCCCGUAAAUUGCGUUGUUCUCCUUUAUAUUCUGUUCUGGAAGAACGUGGUGCAAUUUUUGGCGUGAAAAUGGCUUAUGAACGUCCACUUUAUUUUGAUCCUACUUACAGACGAGAUCAGAAAAAACCGAUUAUGCCCAAAGGUAGCUUUUACAAACCAAAAUUCUUUGACUUUAUGAAAGAUGAAUUUCAAGCAUGCAGAGAAGGAGUUGGGAUAAUAGAUAUGAGUUCAUUUUCGAAAAUUGAGAUUAAAUCUAGUCGUGGAGAAGUAGUAGAAUAUCUACAACGAUUAUGUUCUAAUGACGCUAAUAUACCAGUUGGUGGAAUAGUUCAUACAGGAAUGCAAAAUGAGAAAGGUGGUUAUGAAAAUGAUUGUAUGUUGGUACGACAAGGAGAAAAUAAUUAUUUUAUGGUCUCGCCUACAUCACAGCAAACGCGUAUUUAUCAAUGGAUGUCUAGACAUUUGCCAGCAGAUCAUUCUGUAGGUCUUAAUGACGUGACUUCAAAAUACACAGUGAUCAAUGUAGUAGGUCCCAAAGCUACUGAACUGCUUUCCGAGUUAUCCAACUCUGAUAUCAAUCUUACACCCUUCACUUAUAAGACAGUAAACGUUGCAUAUGCUUCGGAUGUUAUGGUAAUGGCAUUCACACACACGGGUGAAUCUGGCUAUUGUCUUUACAUACCUUCGGAAUAUGCACUGCAUGUUUAUUCAACGUUAAUGGCUAUAGGCAAGGAUUACGGUGCAAGAGACGUUGGCGUACUCACACAACGUUUUAUGAGAAUAGAAAGAUUCAUCCCGUUUUGGGCAGAGGAAUUGACACCGUAUGUUACGCCCUACGAAGCUGGAAGUAGUUACAGCGUAAAAUUGGAUAAGGGCUAUUUUAUUGGCAAAUCUGCUUUACAACAACAAAAGAUACAAGGAGUGACAAGACGAUUAGUUUUAUUUAUUCUUGACGGUAUGGACUUGAACAAAGAUGUAUGGGCAUGGGGUGGUGAACCGCUAUACCGAAAUGGUGAAUUUGUUGGUACUGUCACAUCAGCUGGCUAUGGUUUUGUAACAGAGAAACUCAUUUGUCUUGGAUUUAUUAGUCUUCCUGAAACAGCUCGUAAACAAGAGAUUAAAACUAUCACAACAGACUUUAUAAUGGAUUCAACAUCAUGUUACGAAAUUGAUAUCGCUGGAACUAAAUUUCCCGCUAAACCACAUAUCCAUCCAUUACCUAUACCAAUAAGCAGUCAGUUAAACAAAAAAUAUAUCCCUACCCCAGUCAUUUCAUAUCAAAGUGAUGUGUCACGUUAAAAAGUAACAUAUUCUAGUCAUUUUUUAAUUAUCUAGUCAGAAUUUAAUAAGAAAGAUGUUACUGUUGUUCUGUAUGUUUAUUUAUGAUGUAUGACAUAUUGCAAUAUACAAGUCACAAAAAUAAGAUAUUAACUUUAAUAGCUAUGUUAAUUAGCUUAUUUAUUGACUUAUAAUUAGCUAUUUAUUGACUUUUCAAUAAUAAUAAUUAUAGCAAUUAUUAGUAGUUAUAUUAUUUAUUAAAAUUAUAAUCUUCUGGAAUAUGUAAUUUAUUUUUUUCUACAAUAAACAGAUGUACAUACAGAA